AUGGAGAGAGGGGCUGGCUGGUCCUCUGGCUGCUACGUCGCUUGGAUCGCCUCGGCAUGGCUUUUAUUUGGCGCUGGGCCAGCCCGAACUCCCGGCAGAGGCUCCAAAGAGGAAGGGUGGCUGGGCAAACUGCGCGGGGGUGGAGGCGAAGAGUUGAAACUGUCCAGCACAACCUUUGCCCUGAACGGAGACUCGGCCCACAACCAGGCGAUGGUGCACUGGUCCGGCUACAACAGCAGCGUGAUUCUCAUUCUUACAAAACUGCAUGACUUCAAUUUGGGAAGCGUCACUGAAAGUUCACUUUGGAGGUCCACAGAUUAUGGUACAACAUAUGAAAAGCUAAAUGACAAGGUGGGACUAAAGACUGUGCUGAGUUAUCUUUACGUCAGUCCUACUAAUAAGAAAAAGAUAAUGCUUUUAAGUGACCCUGAGAUUGAAAGUAGUAUACUCAUCAGUAAUGAUGAAGGAGCCACCUAUCAAAAAUAUCGACUCAGCUUCUACAUCCAGAGUCUGCUGUUCCAUCCUAAGCAAGAAGACUGGAUUCUAGCAUACAGCAUUGACCAAAAGCUGUAUAGUUCUAUGGAUUUUGGAAGAAGAUGGCAGAUCAUGCAUGAACGGAUCACACCAAACCGAUUUUAUUGGUCUGUCACGGAUUUAGAUAAGGAGCCUGACCUUGUGCAUAUGGAGGCUCGGACACCAGAUGGACAUGCCCAUUAUAUAACUUGUAGAAUUCAAGAAUGUUCAGAGACUACCAGGAAUGGACCUUUUUUGCACUCUAUUGAUACAAGUUCACUUGUUGUCCAGGAUGAAUAUAUCUUUAUUCAGGUAACUUCUGGUGGAAGAGCAAAUUACUAUGUGUCUUACAAAAGGGAACCCUUUACUCAGAUAAAAUUACCCAAGUAUUCACUACCAAAGGACAUGCAUAUUAUCAGCACAGAUGAGAAUCAGGUGUUUGCUGCAGUUCAGGAAUGGAACCAAAACGACACAUACAACCUCUACAUUUCUGAUGUUCAUGGUGUCUACUUCACACUAGCCUUGGAGAAUGUUAAGAGCAACCGAGGACUAGAAGGGAAUGUUAUCAUUGAUCUUUAUGAGGUAGCAGGGAUCAAAGGAAUAUUGCUGGCUAACAAGAAAGUAGAAGACCAAAUAAAAACGUUCAUCACCUAUAACAAAGGAAGAGACUGGCAUUUGCUACAGGCUCCAGAUUCUGACCUGAGAGGGGAUCCCAUUCACUGUCUGCUGCCUUUCUGUUCCUUGCACUUACAUUUGCAAGUCCCUGAAAACCCUUACACUUCAGGCAGCAUUUCAAGCAAAGAGACAGCCCCUGGACUUCUGGUUGCUACAGGCAAUGUGGGUACAGAAUUGUCAUACACUGAGAUUGGCAUGUUUGUUUCUUCGGAUGGUGGAAAUUCCUGGAGACAGAUCUUUGAGGAGGAAUACAAUGUAUGGUUCCUUGAUUGGGGUGGAGCACUUGUGGCCAUGAAACAAACAUCAAUGCCUAUUCGACAUCUGUGGGUGAGUUUCGAUGAAGGAAGGACCUGGAAUAAAUAUGGCUUCACAUCAGCACCGCUCUUUGUGGAUGGUUCCCUAGUGGAGCCAGGCAUAGAAACUCAGAUAAUGACAAUCUUUGGCCAUCUCAAUCUCCGUUCUGAAUGGCAACUAGUAAAAGUGGAUUAUAAAUCUAUCUUUAGCAGAAGAUGUACCAAGGAUGAUUUCCAGUCAUGGCAUUUACACAACCAGGGCGAACCUUGUGUCAUGGGAGAAAGGAAGAUCUAUAAGAAACGUAAAUCAGGGGCGUGGUGCGCAUUAUCUAGAGAUUACUCAAGAACAGUGGUUUCAGAACCAUGCAUCUGUGCUGAGUGGGACUUUGAAUGUGACUAUGGUUAUGAAAGACACAGUAAUAAUCAAUGCAUCCCAGCAUUCUGGUUCAACCCAUCCUCUCGGAUGAAAGAAUGCAGUCUUGGCCAGAGCUACUUGAACAGCACUGGGUAUCGGAGGAUUGUUUCUAAUAACUGCACAGAUGGUUUGCAAGAAAAGUAUGCAGCCAAGCCUGAACAGUGUCCAGGCAAAGCUCCCCAUGGGUUACAUAUUCUCACAUCCACUGGCAAGUUGGUUACAGAACAAGGCUACAACACUACCUUCAUAAUUCUUAUGGAAGAGGGUGACCUCCAGAGAACAAAUAUCCAAUUGGAUUUUGGGGAUGGUACUGCUGUAUCCUAUGCUAAUUUCAGUCCUGUAGAAGAUGGUAUCCGACAUGUUUAUAAGAGCACUGGAAUCUUCCAUGUGACAGCUUAUGCAGAAAAUAACUUGGGUUCUGAUUUGGCAGCACUUUUCCUGCAUGUGGUUUGUCCAGUGGAACGUGUCCACCUGAGUGUCCCUUUUGUGGCCAUUAGAAAUAAGGAAGUCAAUCUCACAGCUGUAGUUUGGCCAAAUCAGUCAGGCACCUUCACUUACUUCUGGUGGUUUGGCAACAAUAGCAAGCCGUUCAUCACCUUGGAUAGCAGCAUCUCUUAUAUCUUUACCAGUGAAGGACUGAAUACUAUCACAGUGCAGGUCUCAGCUGGCAACAUCCUUAUCCAGGACACCAGAAACAUUGCUGUGCAUGAAUAUUUUCAGUCUCAGUUAUUAUCAUUUUCACCCAAUUUGGAUUAUCACAAUCCUGAUAUCCCAGAGUGGAGAGAAGACAUUGGCCGAGUCAUCAAAGCAGCUUUAGUGCAUGUGACUGGUAUACCCAAGGAACAAAUUCUUGUAGCAGUAUUCCCUGGAUUGCCUACCUCUGCAGAGCUCUUCAUCUUACCACAUCAAAACAUAUCAGAGAGAAGGAAAGAUAGUGAAGAUGAUUUGGAGCAGGCUGUUGAAAUCCUUUUCAGUGCUCUAAAUCAGAACCUGGUUCAAUUUGAGUUGAAGCCCAAUGUGGAAAUCAUUGUUUAUGUCACUCAGUUAACAUUAGCACCUCUUGUUGAUACUGGUGCUGGACACAGCAGCUCUGCAAUGCUGAUGUUGCUCUCAGUGGUCUUUGUCGGCUUGGCUGUUUUUAUAAUCUACAAGUUUAAAAGGAAAAUUCCAUGGAUCAAUAUCUAUGCUCAGGUGCAACAUGACAAGGAACAGGAGAUGAUUGGUUCUGUCAGCCAAAAUGAAAAUGCACCCAAAAUUACACUUAGUGAAUUCACAGACCCUGAAGAACUCAUGGACAAAGAGUUGGAUGCACGGGUUAUAGGAAGCAUCUCAACAAUCUCCAACAGUGAAAGCACAAAGGAAAUACCAAACUGCACUAGUGUUUAA